GACGCCAACCACCGUGCGGGGGGAUCAAACAUCGGGCGGUACACGGCGGAGCACAGCCAAAGAACGGACCGGCACCAGAGGACUGCGCAUUGAUGUGGAUUUAUUCAUCCCACAAGGAGGAAGGAGCCCGUUUCUUACUUUUUUAAACGUGAUUAUUAAUGUGAUUAAUCAGCAGAUACAUGACUGCAAGCCUCCGGCAGCUGCCCGCCGCAUUUAUCAGCCAAACAAAAAGGACAGUCCGUCCCCAUCCGGGUGGACCGGCAAUGGCAGAGUCCUCUUUACGCGCACCCACCGGAGCUUAGUGGCUGAAGCGGCAUGGAUCUCACCUGGCGUCCUCACCUGCCGCAUGCCAGCCGCACUACAACCUACUAGAAGAGACAUGUGAGUCCUGGUCUCGCUCCGAGAAAAACAACAACUUAAGAAAAGCCACACCAGAAACAUCGAAGCUCUUUUUUUUUUUGUCCGAGUCCAGCACGAGUCCAGUCUAGGAAAAGCGUGAGAGGGAAGUAAAGAAGCGGAAAGCACAGUAACAAGAAAAAGACAGGAGCAGACCCCCGGCCCAGGUCCAGGUCGACAGAGGACCAUGUUUGUCCCCCUGCCGGUCCCCUUCGUCUUUCAGAGAACUGCGUCCGACUUCAGCGCCUGGAGACUCAAGUCCUCGCUGGCUGCAAGGUCCAGCCCCGAUAUCAGGAUGUCCAAAGCAGAGGAGGAGAAGGCCGGGACGGACUAUCCUGGCGACGGCUCAGACUCAGACAGAAACAGUCCAGACGAGCAGGUGCAUCCAAUGAAAGGCAGCCCGUUCAGCCUCUCCCCAACACCAGCCAGCAAGGUGAAGACGGAUGAGAGUUCUGAGAUGACCCACGUCAGCGCCCCACCACCGCCUCCUCCCCAACAACAGCAGCAGCAGCAGCAGCAGGCCCAGCAUCACCACACACAACUGAUGCUGGCAGGCACUCAGCUGGCGGGGCUCGCCGCUCUCCUCCCGGCCCAGCAACAGUUGCUCCUCCAGCAGGCGCAGGCGCAGCUCCUGGCCGCCGCCGUGCAACAGUCCAACGCCGCCCAUGCAGCUCACGCCGCCGUGCAGCAACAGCAGCAGCAGCAGCAGCAAAGCCAAACACCUCAGCAGCAGGCAGCCAAACAGGAGCAGACCGUGCAAGCUCCGCCUCCACCGCCGCAGCUGGCACUGUCUCAGCCAAUCCAGCUCACGGCCCAGGACAUCCAGCAGCUGCUGCAGCUCCAGCAGCUGGUUCUCAUGCCAGGCCACCCCCUCCAGUCCCCGGCCCAGUUCCUCCUGUCGCAGCCCCCCCAGACUCAGCAGCAACAGCAGCAGCAGCAAGCUUUGCUCUCAACGCCAAAUUUGAUCCAGCUACCUCAGCAAAGCCCGGGGGGACUGCUGACAACUCCGCCCCGCCUGGGCCUCCAAGCACAGAGAGAGAAGAGCGGCGAUGGCGGCGGAGGAGGCGGCGGCAGGUCCUCCGCAGCGCCCACGGGUGGCGGCAGUGUGGGUUCGGCGGCGUCCGUAGGAGCCUCGUCCAUCUCCGGCGGCACCAUGGCCGCCUCGCUGACCGCUGCCUUGGCUCCCGGGGCCCACGGAGCUCACAUCGGGGGCGAGGAACCCAGCGACCUGGAGGAGCUGGAGCAGUUUGCCCGCACCUUCAAACAACGCCGCAUCAAGCUGGGAUUCACCCAGGGGGACGUGGGCGUGGCCAUGGGCAAACUAUACGGCAACGACUUCAGCCAGACCACCAUCUCCCGCUUUGAGGCCCUCAACCUGAGCUUCAAGAACAUGUGCAAGCUCAAGCCUCUGCUGGAGAAGUGGCUGAGUGACGCAGAGACCAUGGCGGUGGACAGCAUUCUGCCCAGCCCCUCCUCCAUCUCCUCCCCCCUGCUGGGCAUGGAGGGUCUCGCCGGCCGACGCAGGAAGAAGCGCACCAGCAUCGAGACCAACGUGCGUCUGGUGCUGGAGCGCAACUUCAGCACGAACCAGAAGCCUACGUCGGAGGAGAUCCUGCUGAUGGCAGAGCAGCUCAACAUGGAGAAGGAGGUGAUCCGUGUCUGGUUCUGCAACCGGCGGCAGAAAGAGAAGCGCAUCAACCCGUCCAGCAGCAGCACGCCGCCGCUGCCCGGUCAGACCUCGCCGGCCGUCACGCACAAAGCCCCCUGCUACAGCCCACACAUGAUCUCCAGUCCGGGUGUGUCGCAGGGCAGCAGCAGCCUGAGCACACCAGCCGCCACUCUGUCCCCCUCGGCGUCCUGCCCCAUGACGCCCGUCAGCUCCGUCGUCGCCGCUGGGUCCGCUUCCUCUUCGUCUUUGACUCCGCCCCCUCAUAGCACAGCCAGCCCUGCCCCUCCCGGACUCGGGGCUCAUGGACUCAACACGGGGAACACCAUGAUGGGAGUAAGCACAGGAAUCAACCAGGCGCUCAUCGGCAGCAACCCAUUGGCUACCAUGCAAGCCCUGGCAGCCAACAGCGGGCAACUGUCCCUCAUGGAAGGGGGCGCGGGUCACAUGCUUCUAAGUGCAGCCGGCGGUGCCGUUCCUCCCUCGCUGCGCCCCUCCCUCUUCCUCAAUCGCCCCGGCCUGCUCCCCAUGGUGACAGGCUCCAUCUCCAUGGCGACGGCCUCCCCGCCCGCCAUGGGCCUGAUGAGCGGCGGCGGCGGAGGGGCCAUCCCCCGGCCCGCCUUCACCCGGUCGCCGCCCGCCGGCAGCCUCCUGAGCCCGACCUCUUGCCCCGAGGAUUCUCCCUGUUCCAGCCCCGCCUCUUUCUGUUCCUUCAGCGAAGCCUCGCCGCCCCCUCUGGGCGGGGCCAUGGCUGAGUGACAGCCAAAGCGUCCUAUCAGAGGAAGGCGGGAGGAGGGAAGGAGGAAGCUUUAAAAAAUGUCUUCUUACGACCUCGCCUUUCAACCAAAGCCAUCUCUGUCCCCGGCCGACUCCUUCUCCGCCCCCUCCCCCACCCCACAAACAUCCUCCGAAGCCAAAAAUGUACACAAGUGGAAGAGGGUGGGGGGGGGCACGGCGAGGCGAGGAAGGGUGGCGUGGACGGAGGGACCAGGAGGGAGGCUACUUGAAACCAAAAAGACGAUGUGGAGCGGAGGAGGGCAGGAAGGAGAAGUGCAUGAUGGGAGGCUACCAACACCAAAAAUACCAAAAAACUCCAAAACCAAAAAGUUCAAGGCAAAACGGAGAGAAAAGCUUUAGACGUUUCUUGCAUUCCUGCUCCAUUUCACUCAGGAUGUCCACCUUCAUCUCAUUUCCCCUCCACGUUUCCACGCAGACCUCUCUCUCUACCUCUACACCACCUCGCCGCAGGUGGCGUUGGGGGCGGGGCUUACCACCAGCCUCUUCCUUGCCAGCGUCCUGCAAAAUAGCACCGGUCGCGCCUGUGCCUUUCAAAACCAAAGCGGGAUAAACUGUAAAUAUAUGCUGAAAUCCCGGGCCAAUCACAGGACAAGACCAUUCACAGGUGUGUCCUGUGAUUGGCCGACCACCCUGAAAACAGAUGUGAUGGACUUCCCUUUCGUUUCAUUUGCAUUUGCUGUGCGGUUAACCCCGCCCCUUUGGGCCAACAUGAUGCAUAUAUCAAACAUCCUGCCCACUAGUUUGCCAUUAGCUUGCUUGUUUGCAUCCUCCCAGAAGACAACAUUUAUCAGGAAACGUUUUCACCCAAGGGCGCCCCCUAGAGGCAAACAUAGUAUUUGUCUUUGAUUUAUCAAUGUACAAAUAGUUAUUACUAUUACUAAAUGGUUGUUUGUCUUUUUACUAUUUUCAUUUACAAUUAUUAUUUGUUGGGGAAAAUUGAGGCUACUAAAUCAGUUUUAUUUUGUAUUA